UAUACACACACCAAAUAAUAAAUAAUAGAAGACCCUUAUCUUCACUUUACUGCAUGGCUUCCACAGUGUUCUCACACCCUCCUCCUCUUAAUCUCCACACAUAUCCACAGUUUUCCAUUCAGAAGAAGCAGUUUUUGUUUUCCCUGAGAUGCACAUCCUCCACUCCGGAGGCAGAUUUUCCCACCCCAGAUCCUUCCUUCAGCACAGUGAACAGUCCAGAGUCUUUCCCCAUUGAGAAGAGAAGGAGAUCAGAGAUAGUGAGAGAGAGAAGAGGGAGCAAAGAGCUUGCACAGCCAGAGCCACCAAACUUUGAGAUAGGGUGGAAGAGGACCAAAGAGAUCAACUUAGAGAGGCCAAUAGGGCAUGUCAUAGCUGAUUUUCUUGAGAAGCUGGAGACCCUCAUGGGGAAGGAGUAUGGUUCCACAGAGCUUCUGGCAAAGGUGGGAGAGAUUGUGGCUGAGAGGGCAAGAGAGGAGGCUGAGGUUCUCAGAGAUGAAGGCAAAGUGGAGGAGAGAAUGGUGACUGAACUCUUUAGAGUGUUGAAGCUCAUGGAGAUGGAUUUGGCCAUGGUGAAGGCUGCUGUCAAGGAAGAGACUUUGGGAGAGAGGCUUGAACAGGCCAAGGCUAGGGGCAGGCAAGCCAUACUUGUUGCUUAUUCCUUUUGAAUUCAACUGUUUCAUGGGAAUUUUGUCACUUUGGUGAUACAAUGUAAACAACUUGAAAGUAGUACUGAUGAAUGUUUUGUUCAGUGAGAAAUGAUACCAAUACACCUUUUGUCACUAUUUUAAACACUUUCUUUUGACACUCAUGGAAAUAUAUUGGAAAAUACAAAAUUUGGUAUGUUUUACAUUCAAUUUAAUCAUUCUUUCACAUGAUUUUGUGAUUUUUAACAAAUUUUAACCAAUAAAAAUGUGUUAGAGAGUGUUGGUUAGCACUAAUUUGCUCAAUUGUAUCCCUCAUCUGACAUUUUAUAAUCAUUACCUUCUUUUACUGAGAGAUGA